AUGGCUAAAGAUGUUGAAGACACUACUGACUUAGGACAGAAUAAUAGGAUGCCUAGGACUUCUAUAUAUAGACCACCUAACUGUGGCUUACUCGGUGAAUUUCAGGAUAUCUUCCUGGAUCUUCAGACUGGUUACAGGCAUUCCGUAAUUUUUGGAGACUUUAAUGCGGACAUGUCCGUGGUUAGCUAUGACAGCAAUCAAUUGUCGCAGUUCAUUGAGUCAUCUGGCUUGUAUUUGGUUCCUUACCAAAAAACUCAUCAUCUGAAAAACUCAAAUUCUUUUCUUGAUUUAUGUAUUGUAGAUGACUUUGAGAAGGUUGCAGGAAAUUUCAAGAUAGAUGAAUUUUAUUUGAACUUACAAGCCAAAGAGUGGGAGCAACUAAAAAUUUCAGAUUCCAUAGAUAAAAAAAUAGACAUGCUGAAUGAUUAUAUAUUGCAAUGUUUGAAUAAGCAUGCACCUGUACAGCGAAGAACUUUUAAAAAUUUUCCUGCGCCGUGGCUGACUGGGGACAUUAAAGCCGCAAUGAGAAAUAGAGAUAGAGUGCGCAGAAGAUGGCGGAGGACUGGAAAUAAUGAUGACGAUGCUGCCUUCAGGAGGCUGAGAAAUCAAGUGCAAGAUCAGGUUCGAGCUGCUAAAGCACGCUAUUAUCUUCGGAUAUUUGAUUCGGCGCAGAAUCCAAACACUGUGUGGAGUCACUUGAAACAUCUAGGCAGAUUUUAUUGGAAGUAUAUCUCUCCGCAGGCAAUACAAAAGACAGUCUCUAGAAUAAAGACCAAUGCCACAGGAUGCGACGAAAUCUCUUUAAAAAUGUUUUAUCUAACAAUGUCGUACAUUAUGCCUGUUAUGGAACAUAUUUUUGAUUUCUCUUUGUCUCAUGGCAUCUUUCCAAAUAUAUGGAAAAAGGCAGUAGUGUGUCCUAUACCAAAGAUCAACACUCCAACAGCUUCACAGCACUAUCGGCCAAUUGUUAUCCUUCCUGUGAUGUCUAAAAUUUUGGAGCAAAUAGUAUGUGAUCAGAUACAGGCAUUUUUGGAAGAGAAUGAUCUUUUUGAUCCCUACCAAUUGGCGUAUAGAAAAGGUCAUUCUACACAAACUGGCAUUAUAAGGGUACUUGAUGACAUGAGGCUAGCGGCGGAUAAGAGAAUGAUUACUGUUUCUGUCUUAUUUGAUCUGUCUAAGGCAUUUGACAGAGUUCAUCAUCCAACACUUUUGAGGAAGCUAGAAGAUAAAAAAUUUUCUACUUUGGCACUUCGCUGGAUUGCUUCGUAUUUGGAAGGUAGACAGCAGGCCAUUAUUACCGGCUCUAGUAGAUAUAUAAAUGCCAUUGACUUUGCGACUUUGCCUGAUAUUGUGGUGGAUGAUGUUGUCGUACAAUAUUCGUCUGCUGUUAAAUAUUUAGGAAUAACUAUUGCCAGUACGCUUUCAUGGGACAAGCAUGUCAACAAUACAACGAACAAAAGUAGAAGAACUUUGUAUCAACUAAAGCUGUGUAAAAAUCUAAUGCCGCAAACUCUGAAACAAUGCACUUGGACUAUUGUUGUAGUGCGCUAA